AAUAUCGAGGCAUGGAAUUGUUUUUGCUUUGUAGACAGUUUUAUCCUGAAAGGCAGGAGCUGCUUAGAAACAUGAUGGGGCUAAUAGGUAAUGUUGCAGAGGUGCCAUACCUCCGUUGUCGUUUAUUGGCCCACGCUCAGACAUUCAGCGACCUGUUAUUUGAUAAAAGUGAUGGAAUAGAAGUGAGUUACAAUGCUGCUGGCGUUUUGUCGCACAUCCUAUCUGACGGUGCAGAGUUUUGGUCCAUCGAUACGCCAACCAGAGCAACCGUUGUUGAUAGGAUGUAUACAGCAAUUGGCCAUUGGGAUUUGAACACAAAACGCAACAUAAACUACAGGUGA